UCUUAGUGUUCUUUCUCUUUGGUGCACUUGCAUCUCACAAUCGAAACUUGGCAACCUGUUCCUUACCAAAGACGGGUUGGGGAGCUACAAAAAAUUCGAAAAAAGAAUCCCCCGAUCCCCGAUUCCCGACCUCGCAGAAGUCACCUGCAAGUUUGGUUACCUGCUUUUAUGUUGCUUUAUGUACAUUUCUUUAUGUACCUAGUCCAUUAACGGACUUUCCAACCAUUUUCAACAAUUUACAACUUACUACACUUUACACUACACAUUUCCUUCUUCCUCUCUUCCCGUCACCUCCGUAUAUUUCUUCCCCUUUCCUUAUAUCCCUCAUUUUCUUGUGACCCACUCUGUCGCCUACCUCUCCUCGCCUUGGUCAGGCUUAAUUGAUUCGUCCGAGUUCUUCAAAAUGGGUGUUAUCGACGAUGAGAUGAAGCGGCUGCAGGACGUUGUGUCCGGGCUGGAGGAGCGCGUACGACGUCUAGAGCACCGUCAAUCCGGCGACAGCAUACCUGCCGAAAGUGUGCGCAUGAUUCUUAUGGGUCCUCCCGGAGCCGGAAAAGGAACACAAGCGCCCAAGAUUAAGGAAAAGUUCUCUUGCUGUCAUCUGGCCACCGGUGACAUGCUCCGAUCCCAAGUCGCUAAGAAGACAACUCUUGGCCGAGAAGCCAAGAAGAUUAUGGACGCUGGCGGUUUAGUCAGUGACGAUAUUGUUAUCGGUAUGAUUAAGGAAGAGCUUGAGAACAAUAAGGAAUGCAAGGGCGGCUUCAUUCUCGAUGGUUUCCCUCGUACCGUUGCUCAAGCCGAAUCCCUCGACAAGAUGCUUACGGACAAGAACCAGAAGCUACAGCACGCUGUCGAAUUACAAAUCGACGAUGCUCUGCUAGUUGCCCGCAUUACUGGCCGCUUAAUCCACCCCGCCUCCGGCCGAAGUUACCACAGUAUCUUUAACCCGCCUAAGACUCCUAUGAAGGAUGACAUCACUGGUGAGCCUUUAAUCCAGCGAUCUGACGACAACGCCGAUGCUUUGAAGAAGCGUCUGGUUACAUAUCACAACCAAACAGCUCCCGUCGUUGGUUACUACAAGAACACCGGUAUAUGGAAGGGUAUUGACGCCAGCCAAGAACCCGGUCAGGUCUGGAAUAGCUUAUUAAAGAUCUUCGACGAUAAGAAGGGCGCCAAGUCUGGUGGCAUAUUGAGCAAGUUGACUGGCCAAUAAUGCUAGUGGUUGUUAUUACCGCCUUUAUCUUCUACUUUUCGACUGACAACCAGAAGAUGGAAUGUCUAUGAAUAUGGAGUUGUAGCAUGAGAGGCGACACGCGUUUAUGUAAAAAGGCGAAACGUCUUGAAUGUGGUAUGAAUGGAUAUUUGGGGUAGGUACCUCUACGGCGCGAUGACGGGAUGAAAAGGGCACGCACGGGACUGACGCGGCUUGUAUCAUACGACUUGAAUGUACCUUGUCAUUAAUCAGGCCUUCGAAAAGACACAUUGAACCCUG